AGCUGGUUCUGCGUCCCUUCUGUUUCCUUCAGGGAAGAGCUCCUUCCUCCAAACAGCCAGAGAAUAUGCCAGGCCUGUCCAGAAGAAGAGACAAGCUAUCCCCAGCCAUUUGGAUGAUCUGCCUCGUACAAUGUUGAAGAAAGAUUAUGCCAACGUCUCAGCUGUAGACAAGGUAGAUGAUGUUGUCAGAAGAAUGCUGUCUCUGGAAAUGGCAAGCCAGAGGGAAAAAGUGAAAAUGAAGAAGGAGCAGCUGGCAGACAAAGUCCGCAGGAGCCCAAAUGACUGUGGCUCUGCAGAGGUUCAAGUUGCCUACUUGACAGCCAUGAUCCGCACUCUCAAAGAACAUCUGCAUAUUCACCCCAAGGACAAGGUUAACCUUUGCCAUAUGAGGAUAGCCAUUGACCGGCGGAACGUGUUGCUGAAAUAUCUACGUAAUUACCACUAUGAUAUCUUUGAGAACACGUGCAAGCAGCUGGAAAUUGAAUAUUCGCCUCCUCCACAAUACCGGCGGAAAGUCACACGGCGCAUGGCUGUCAAGAAGGAACUUCAUGCCAGGGUCUACAAGGAGAAGCAGAAGCUAAGAGCUUUGGAAAGAUUGAAGCAGAUAGAAAAGCAACAUGAAGGAGCAAAGGAGCAGGCUCAGCCAAAGGAGGACCCCAGUCUGAGCAGAACAUAACUUCUGUUGAUGGGAGGAGCAGCUCAAAUUGAGGAACAAAUCCUAAAGACAAUAAAUCAUUGAACACCAA